AUGAUGUGCGAGGUGAUGCCGACCAUCAGUGAGGGAGACUCGGCUGGUCCUCCGAGAGGCACCGGCGGCGUCCCGAACGGCUCGGACCAGGAGGCCAACUUUGAGCAGCUGAUGGUCAACAUGCUGGACGAGAGGGACAAGCUGCUGGAGUCCCUCAGGGAGACUCAGGAGACCCUCAUACAGUCUCAGACUAAGCUGCAGGGGGCGCUGCACGAGAGGGACGUGCUCCAGCGGCAGAUCAACGCUGCGCUGCCUCAGGAGUUUGCCACCCUGACGAAGGAGCUGAACAUAUGCCGGGAGCAGCUGCUGGAGAAAGAGGAGGAAAUAUCUGAGCUGAAAGCUGAAAGGAACAACACCAGGCUGCUGUUGGAGCACCUGGAGUGUCUGGUGUCUCGUCACGAACGCAGUCUGAGGAUGACAGUGGUGAAAAGACAGGCACCCCCACCAUCUGGAGUCUCCAGCGAGGUGGAGGUCCUCAAAGCUCUGAAGUCGCUGUUUGAACACCACAAGGCUCUGGAUGAAAAGGUGCGUGAGAGGCUUCGGGUGGCUCUGGAGAGGGUGGCCACCCUGGAGGGACAGCUAGCAGCUACCACACAAGAGUUGAACAUGGUGAGACAAAGGAAGGACGGAGACUCAGUGGAGCGAACAGACGGAUCCAAACCUACAUGGAAGAGACUGCCCAACGGCUCCAUAGACGCUCACGAUGAUGGCAGCCGGGUGUCUGAACUUCAGGAGCUGCUGGAUCGGACCAAUAAGGACCUGGCCCAGAGCCGCGAGCACUCUGCCAGUCUAAACGCCCGGGUGGCAGAUCUCGAGGCAGAGCUUGCAAACGCACGUCGAGAACUGAGCCGCAGCGAGGAGCUGUCAAUCAAACAACAGAGAGAACAGAGAGAGGUGAGAAGAGAGGAUAUGGAGGAGAGAAUAACAACAUUAGAGAAGCGCUACCUGGCUGCCCAGCGGGAGACCACGCACAUCCACGACCUCAACGACAAACUGGAGAAUGAACUUGCCACCAAGGACUCCCUGCACCGACAGAGUGAAGAGAAGGUGCGCCAGCUGCAGGAGAUGCUGGAGAUGGCAGAACAGAGACUGGCUCAGACCAUGAGGAAGGCUGAGACUUUGCCAGAGGUGGAGGCUGAACUGGCACAGAGAGUGGCAGCGCUUUCCAAGGCUGAGGAGCGUCAUGGCAACGUGGAGGAGCGGCUCAGACAGCUGGAAUCACAACUGGAGGAGAAGAACCAAGAGCUAGGAAGGGCUCGUCAGAGGGAGAAAAUGAAUGAGGAGCACAACAAGCGCUUAUCUGACACUGUGGAUCGUCUGCUCACUGAGUCCAAUGAAAGACUGCAGCUCCAUUUGAAAGAACGCAUGGCAGCCCUGGAGGACAAGAACUCCCUCAUACAGGACCUCGAGAACUGCCAGAAACAGCUUGAAGAAUUUCACCACACAAGGGAACGGCUGAUUGGAGAGAUUGAGAAGUUGAGAAAUGAGAUCGACCAUUUGAAACGUCGCAGUGGGGUGUUUGGAGAUGGAACUCACCCUCGGUCUCACCUGGGUAGCUCCAGCGACCUUCGCUUCUCUGUGGUGGAAGGCCAAGAUGGCCACUACAGUACGACUGUGAUCAGGCGGGCACAGAAGGGCAGACUGUCAGCGCUACGAGAUGACCCAAACAAGGACUACCCAUCUCUGCGUGGCAGCGUCAGCCACCUCCUCGGCAGCGACAUCGAGGCAGAGUCAGACCUGGAUGACGACGUUAGCUCUGCCCUGCUUUCCCCCAGCGGCCAAUCAGACGCUCAGACUCUCGCUCUCAUGCUGCAGGAGCAGCUUGACGCUAUCAAUGAAGAGAUAAGGAUGAUCCAGGUGGAGAGGGAGUCAGCAGACCUGCGCUCUGAUGAGAUCGAGUCCCGUGUGAACAGCGGCAGCAUGGACGGACUCAACGUGACGCUUCGACCCCGGGCCCUGCCCACCUCCGCUACUGCCCAGUCCCUGGCAUCCUCCUCCUCCCCGCCCACCAGUGGCCACUCCACACCUAAACACCACGGACGCAACGCCAGCCACCAUCUAGGCAUCAUGACUCUGCCUAGCGACUUGAGGAAACACCGCAGGAAAGUAGCGUCUCCAGUGGAGGUGGACAAAGCUACUAUCAAGUGUGAGACGUCGCCUCCCUCUUCCCCUCGCAGUUUACGGCUGGAAACCAAUUUCGCUCAGUUCACAGGCAGCUUGGAGGAUGGUCGAGGAAAGCAGAAGAAAGGCAUCAAGUCAUCUAUCGGCCGAUUGUUUGGGAAGAAGGAGAAGGGUCGAAUGGACCAGACGUUGGGCAGGGAUGGACAUCCCCUACCAGCCUUAUCAGACUUUGAGAUGAGCAUCGGUGACACUAUGACUCUGGGAAAACUGGGCACUCAGGCUGAGAGGGACCGCAGGAUGAAGAAAAAACAUGAGCUUUUAGAAGAUGCCAGGAAAAGAGGCCUGCCAUUUGCCCAGUGGGAUGGCCCCACAGUCGUCUCCUGGCUAGAGCUGUGGGUGGGUAUGCCAGCCUGGUAUGUGGCAGCCUGUCGCGCCAACGUGAAGAGCGGAGCCAUCAUGUCAGCUCUGUCAGACACAGAGAUCCAGAGGGAGAUUGGCAUCAGCAACCCUCUGCACCGACUCAAACUCCGCUUGGCCAUCCAGGAGAUGGUCUCCCUCACCAGCCCCUCUGCCCCACUCACCUCCAGAACGUCCUCCGGAAAUGUGUGGGUGACUCAUGAAGAGAUGGAGAACCUGGCUUCCUCCACUAAAGCGGAGAAUGAGGAGGGCAGCUGGGCACAGACUCUGGCGUAUGGAGACAUGAAUCACGAGUGGAUAGGGAACGAGUGGCUGCCCAGUCUUGGUCUGCCUCAGUACCGCUCCUACUUCAUGGAGUGCCUGGUGGACGCACGCAUGCUCGACCACCUGACCAAGAAGGACCUGAGGAGCCACCUCAAGAUGGUGGAUAGCUUCCAUAGGGCUAGUCUGCAGUAUGGGAUUAUGUGCUUGAAGAGACUCAAUUAUGACAGGAAAGACCUGGAGCGCCGGAGAGAGGACAGCCAACACGACAUGAAAGAUGUGUUGGUGUGGACCAACGAGCAGGUGAUCCACUGGGUCCAGUCUAUUGGUCUGAGGGAGUAUAGUGGUAACCUGUUGGAGAGUGGUGUUCACGGGGCACUCAUCGCUCUGGACGAGACGUUCGACUACAGCAGCCUUGCGCUGAUCCUGCAGAUCCCUAUGCAGAACACACAGGCACGGCAGGUUCUGGAGAGGGAGUUCAACAACCUGUUAGCCUUGGGGACUGACCGUCGACUAGAGGAGAGUGGGGAUGACAAGUCUUUUCGACGCUCUCCGUCAUGGCGUAAGAGGUUUCGGGCACGUGAGGGAGGGGCAGGGCUAGGGAUGAUGGCAGGCUCCAUGGAAACACUGCCUGCCGGCUUCCGUAUGCCCUCCAUGUCCAUGCCGCCCUCUGUGAAUUUGGUGCCCAAGAAACAGCUCCAGCCUGAAGUGCAUUCUCAUUACCUAUACGGACACAUGCUUGCGGCCUUUUGA